AUGACGGCCACAAAGUACCUUGAUCGGGCAAUCCCCCAAAUAUCGCUCGCCAGUUUUGAAUCACGCACUGACGAGAUCACCCUCGAACUUGUCAAUGCAGCUGAGAACAUUGGCUUCUUCAGUAUCAUCGACCACGGUAUACCUUCGGAAGUGGUUCAAACUAUGUUCGAGGACUCAGCACGCUUCUUCAGCCAACAUGAUACAGUCAAAGCUAGAGUACCAUUCUCAGCAGCGGACAACGCUGGCUGGGAAAAGAAUGCGCAGAUACGACCCAGUACAGGCGCGCCAGACAGGAAGGAAUCUUACCAGAUGCAAUUCGGCGAAGGCUUCAAGGAGACAUCACUAGACUUCAUGAAGCGUGUUCAAGCUGUAUCAGAGAAACUCAUGAUCUGUUUCGCACGAGGUCUUGGCUUUCCCGACGACUUCUUCAUCGCAUGUCACAACGUCAGCAAACCAGACUCCCAGACUGUCGCUCGCCUUCUUCAUUACUUCGAGACCCCAAGGAGCACAUCAAGUGGAGAAUGGCACAGAGCCGGCGCACAUACAGAUUGGUCUUUUCUCACCCUGCUCUUUCAAAAAGCUGGCCAAUCAGGUCUCGAGAUAUGCCCUGGUCGCGAAAUCUCAACCUCGUUUGGACAUGGCGACACCUGGACGAAAGUCGAGCCUGAUCCAGAGUCUAAUGCUAUCAUUUGCAACAUAGGCGACCUGCUGAUGUCAUGGAGUGACGAUAGAUUCAAGAGCACUUUCCACAGAGUUAAGGCUCCUUCUGAGCCUGGCGACUUCUAUGGCGAAAGAUACAGCAUUGCAUUCUUCAAUCAACCACGGAAGAGUGCGAGAAUUCAAGGUCCGCUGAAGAAAUAUCCCAUGGUAACUGGAGAGGAGUUCACAAGGAAUGCUAUGCAGAAAUACUACCAGGCUGUGCUUGACAAAACACCCAUGCGAGGAAGGAAAGAUGCAGGUGAACCAAGAUUGGUGGAUUAUCGGGUCACGCCGAUGAUUGUUGCCUGA